AAUUUCACCAGAUAGAUCCACCAGUGUCAGUAGGUAUGCGGAUGACGAUGUGGCGAUUGUUAUUCCUGGUGGCGAGUGCCGCGAGUCUCCCGACGGAUUGGCCGCACAUGGCCGUCGACUACUUUCAGCACAAGCACGUCAAGUAUGUCGCACACUUGUCGUGCAAGGAUGCUGCUGAAAUCAAAAGCGUGUUGCGACUAUUGAUGAAUGAAGGCAUACGAGCAGCGGUGGGUUUGAUAGACCAAGGGCCCAUGAAUAUUAUGCCACUGUUGUAUCAAUACGAGGCGAGCGUCGGGGUACUCGUGGACGGAGAUUGCAUCAACACACGGGAUAUUUUGAACAAUGCUUCAGAGUCAAUGAUGUUCGACGACACACAUUUCUGGUUGGUUAUGAACGACAACUGCAGUAUGGGUUUCGUGGAGGACACCUUCCUGGAUCUGAAGCUUAGCGUAGACGCCGAUGUUGUAGUAGCUUCUUACUGCGGAGACAUCUAUCAGCUUACGGACGUGUUCAACUUCGGCCGCGUGCAGGGUAACGCGCUGGAGACGAGAGAACUUGGAGCUUGGACUUCGGAGAGAGGUUUGGAGAUUUUACUUCAAGGCUUCAAGUACUACAAUCGCUGGGAUUUUCAUAAUCUAACGCUGCGCGCCGUGUCGGUGAUACGCAACAGUUCGAAGGAGUUCCACGAGGGCAUGUUGUACGAGCCAGGGUUCACAGUGGGCGUGGCCGCCAUGACAAAGAUCUCCUCGCAGCUGCUCAAUCUGCUCAAAGAAAUGCACAAUUUUCGUUUCAACUAUACUAUUGUGGGGCGCUGGAUCGGCACGCCGGAGCGUAACUCCACUAAGGCUAUGUCGAACAUGCUAUUGUGGCGCGAUCAGGACAUCUCGUCGACGUGUACUCGGCUGUUCUCCAAUUGGCUGGACUGGAUGGACCCGUUUUUCCCUUCCGUCACUGAACUCGAGACCAAAUUCUACUACACGAUAUCAGAGAAAGGUAUCGGCGACUACGAGAACCAGUUCCUGACUCCAAUGUCUCCGGAGGUGUGGUGGUGCGCAGCGGCGACGGGAGUGGUGUGCGCGCUGGUCCUGGUUGCCGCGGCCGCCGUGGAGCGCCGCCCGGAGCCGGGCUCGUACGGCGUGUUCAGCGUGCUCGCGGCCGGGUUUCAGCAAGAUUACGAGGAUGGACAUCAGACGAAGAAAGAUAGUUCCAGUCGAAAGCUGGCCCUGCUCGUGGUCGGGCUCACAAGCAUGCUGAUGUACAACUACUACACCAGUAGCGUAGUGUUCUGGCUCCUGAACGCGGCUGCCCCCAGCCUGGACUCCCUGGACGGCCUCAUAAAGAGCGACUUUGAACUGGUCUUUGAGGACAUUGGAUACACACGGCAAUGGCUAGACAACCCCGGAUUCUUUUACUACAUGGGUUACAAGAAUGAGAAGGAAGAUGAAUUGCGCGCGAAGAAAGUGACAAACGCCAAGCGCACGCUGCCUCUCUUUGAAAGCAUUGAGGAUGGGAUAGAACUAAUGCGUACUGGAAAAUGUGCGUUUCACACGGAGCCGUAUACGGCGAGUCAAGUGAUCUCGCGAACAUUCGCGGACAAGGACCUGUGCUCGUUGGCUGGGCUGCAGAUCAUGCCGCCGUCGUACGUCUACGUCAUGGGGCAGAAAAAUAGCCCGUACAGGCAGUUUUUUGUGUGGAGUAUGAUGCGUCUGUUGGAGCGGGGACAUACGCGAGCAACCCGAGCCCGGGUGGGGGGGCAGAUUCCCCCUUGCUCGGGACUCACGCCGCGCGCUCUGUCGCUCGGGCAGGCUGCGCCGGCGUUCCUGCUGCUGGCCGAGUUCAUCUUGCUGUCUGCACUCAUACUGACCGGGGAGAUUUUGUGGCACCGAUAUACAUUUCCUAGGACUUGUAAGCAAGUUCUACCGCCGAAAAAGCAAGAAGAUCUCGUUCAGAUAAAAAAUACUUAUUGGAGAUCGCAAUAAACAAAUUUUAAAAAGUACUUUUAGUAAAUGAAUCAAGUUCUACAAUGUAAGCUUCUGAGAGCUUCUCUAUUGUUUUUAUGAUCCUACUAACUACAUAAUCAUUGUACCUACCAAACUAUUUAAUUAAGACCCGUCUAGAAACCUAUUUCACAUGCGUAGAAAUAUUGUCAUCAGGAUAUGUAAUAAUAGGGUGUAAAACAUCGUAUAGCGCGCUAUAAGCAAGGCGCGCCGGUAAUGGAUUUUCGUACAACACUCGCUACGCUCUAGCUGCCUUUUUUAUCACGCUUUGUAAUAAUGUAUUUUUAGGCACAUAUUUUGAAACGUAUUUUUUUUUGUAGAAAGUAGAAGAAAUAAAAUGUAAUAUUUUCAUGAAUGUAGUUUAAUUAACCCUUAUCUGACAAGGUAAUGGUCUGAACUUAGUGUUCAAACCUUCUAAGAUCAGUCUGAAAUGUAUGUACAUUUAAAAUAACUCAAUCGACGCCAUGCACAGGGAUCCAUUCACUCAACUUUAGGGGGAAGCCUGUUGUCUGCUCUUGGCAUAGCCAUAGACAAAGUAAAUUAAAGUGGUGCAAAAUAUUAAAGCCGCAGUUUUGAUAGCUAUAGUACCUAAGUAGAUGGCGUUGCACGGAGCUAUAUGCUCAGUGCCAGCUGUUAUAAAUGCGGCUUUAAUAUUUUGCACCAAGAAGCUUAUAUAUAGGCGGAGAUUAAGACGAAAGGGGACGACCGCACCAAAACCGCCUUUCCAUACAAACGUAGUCCCCAUUUUCCUCUUUGGUUAUUAACAUUUUUGAAAAUAUUUUAACACAAUCCUUUGUGUUUUUAGCUAUGCCCGA